UCGGAGCUUCGCGCUCGCCAGGAUGGGGAAGGGGAGGUGGAGUUUCCAAGAGGGAACUUGACCCGUUAGCAGCCGCGGCCAUGGCGGCGCGCUCGUCAUCCUCCCCGUUCCCGCCGUCCUCACCGGUCCCUCCGGCCCCGGCCCGAGAGUUGGGGCAUUGGUCCCCACGGCUUGGGCGGGGAACUGUGGUCCAUGCAGCGCGCAGCGAGGCCUCGGGUCUUGCGGACGCGGCGCGGGAGGGCGUCGUGGACAAAAGCGACAUUUCCUGGCGGGGUGAAGAAGGGUCUGGGGGCCGGCGAGGGCCGGGGCGGGCGGCUGCAGCUCAGGCUCCCCUCCUCAGCGCGCCUGUGGGGUCCAGGCCGCUAGAGGGCAUCUCGGUAGAGGAAGCGAUGGUGACCCGGACGCAGCUGCUGGAGGAAGAGCUGAGCAGCCUAAAGGAGGAGCUGGCCCUGUGUCAGGCUGAUAAAGAAUUUGUAUGGUCUUUGUGGAAACGACUCCAGGUGACAAACCCAGAUCUCACACAAGCAGUCAGUUUGGUUGUGGAAAGAGAAAAACAGAAAUCUGAAGCUAAAGACAGAAAAGUUUUAGAAAUUCUGCAAGUCAAGGAUGCUAAAAUUCAAGAAUUGGAACAGAGAGAAUUAGGACUAAAACAGGAAAUAAAUGACCUUAUAAAACAAAAGAUUGCAGUAAAUGAAGAAAAUGUUUUCUUAAGGAAAGAACUCAGUGACUUCCAGAAGAAAUUUAAAGAUAGAAGUAAAGAAGUUAAGGACACUAAGGAGUGUGUACAAAAUAAGGAAGAACAAAACAGACUGGUUAUAAAAAGUCUGGAAGAGGAAAAUGAGAAAUUAAAUACAUGCUGUGCUGACCUGCUGAAUGACCUGGAGAAACUGAGGAAGCAGGAAGCACAUUGGAGAAAAGAAAAACAAAGCAUUGAUGCAAAAAUAAAGGCCUUUGAAGACAACUUAAGUGAAGCAAGAAAAGAAAUUGAAGUAUCACAGAGUAAAUAUAAUGCUCUGUCAUUACAGUUGAAUAAUAAACAGACUGAACUUAUCCAGAAGGAUAUGGAUAUUACCCUGGUUAGGAAAGAGUUGCAGGAGCUGCAAAAUCUUUACAAACAGAACAGUGCACAUACAGCACAGCAAGCAGAGCUGAUCCAACAGCUUCAGGUUCUGAAUUUGGACACACAAAAAGUACUGAGGAAUCAGGAAGAUGUUCACACAGCUGAAAGUAUAUCAUAUCAAAAACUUUACAAUGAGUUACAUAUUUGUUUUGAAACCACAAAAUCAAAUGAAGCUAUGCUCCGGCAAAGUGUUGUUAGUCUUCAGGACCAGCUAUUUCAGCAACAGCAAGAAAAUUCUAAAUUGAAAGAAAAGAUUCAGGAGUCACAAAGAACACCCCGGCCUUUACCGCAAGAAAGUGAUUCAGAUCGUUCAGAACAGGUAUCUCAACAACCGUCGUUAUCUAGCUUAGAAACCUUAAUGGUCUCACAGAAGUCUGAAAUUGAGUAUUUACAGGAGAAAUUGAAAAUAGCAAAUGAAAAACUGUCAGAGAACAUGUUUAUCAACAAGAGUUCCUCAGAAAAGAGUGUUUUGACAAGUGCUGAAGGAAAACAUAAGGAACCACCUGUGAAACGUUCAAGGUCUUUGUCCCCAAGGAGCUCUUUCACAGACUCAGAGGAGCUAAGGAAGCUAAGAAAAGCUGAAAGAAAGAUCGAAAACUUAGAGAAAGCACUGCAACUAAAGAGCCAAGAAAAUGAUGAGCUAAGAGAUGCCCAUGAAAAACGCAAGGAAAGGCUACAGAUGUUACAGACCAACUACAGAGCAGUAAAAGAGCAAUUAAAACAGUGGGAAGAAGGCAGUGGCAUCAAUGAAAUCAGAAAAAUAAAGAGAGCAGAACCCCAGCAACUUCGACAAGAAGAUUCUGAUGCUGUAUGGAAUGAACUGGCCUAUUUUAAAAGGGAGAACCAGGAUCUAGUGAUUCAAAAGAUGAAUCUUCAAGAAGAAUUGGAUAACCUUAAAGUACAUAUAUGUAUUGAUAAGGCAAAAAUACAAGAACUGAAUGCAUGGGUAGCAGAGAAAAAAGAAGCAGAACAACUCUCUCAAUAUGGUGACGAUGAUGGGGUCAAGAAGAGUACUCCAGAGAAGAAUGGGAAAGAAAUAUCAGAGCAGACAUUGCAGAAGAUCAUUGAGUUGGAAAAUCGGAUAAAAUCUUUUGAGAAAAGAUCGAGAAAGUUAAAAGAAGAAAAUAAAAAAAUAAUGAAAGAAAAUGAUUUCCUGAAAUCCCUUUUAAAACAACAGCAAGAAGAUUUGGAGUCCAGAGGAAAAGAGCUUGAACAGUUACAAAAGAGGAAUAAAGAGAUAGAAAAAAACAAUGCUGAUCUUCAAGUAAAAAUCAGUGAACUGGAGAGAAAAGUCACUUCCCUAAAGAGACAAGUUGCAGAAGCUAAUGGGUUGAGUAAUGAAAAUGAAGAGCUGAUAAAUUCAAUAGAUAAAUUGCAGCAUUCAGCAGACAAAGCUAAAACUGAGAUGGCCACCACAGAAGUGAGAUCUAGACAAUACGAUUGUAAGACAACCACUACCCAGGUAAAAUUGAAAGCCACCAAAAAAAAGUGCUCUGUAGGCCAUUGCCACACUGUUCUCAAUCACUCCAUCAAGGUUAAGAGCAAUAUGUUUGAGAACCCCAGCAAGGAGGGCUGGGAGGAUGUGAGUGAAAGCAGCAGUGAUUCUGAAACACAGAACUCUCAAAAUUUUGGAACAAUUAUUGUAGAAACAUCCCAGAAAAUAAGACCCAUAGAAGAUGGAAGAGACCAGAAAGAAAGUGAUCAAACAGAAAACAGCCAAAUGCAAGGAAAAGAAAUAGUACAAAUACAUUCAAAUCCAGAUGGCAAAGCCCCAAAGGAAUAUUUUCAUUACAAGAUUCCAAAAAAAUCAACUUUUUCAAAGAAGAAUGGUAACAUUCAAAAGAAUUCCUAUACAGCAGUUCCUAACAGAGUUAACAGGGAAAGGUGGAAAAAUGUAACUGCCCAGAAAUCAAAUAGCAGUAUUAUUUUAUUACGAGAACGGAUCAUAGCCUUACAACAACAAAUCAGUGUACUUCAGAAUUCAAAAAAAGCAGCGGAAUUGUCUGUUAAAGAAUACAAGGAAGUCAAUGAAAAGCUCCUUCAUCAGCAACAAGUAUCUGAUCAACGAUUUCAGACAAGCAGACAGACAAUAAAGAAACUACAUUUGGAUUUGGCUGGACUCCGGAAAGAGAAAGAAGACUUACUAAAAAAAUUGGAAUCAUCAUCUGAAAUCACAAGUUUGACAGAUGAAGUUUCCCGAAUAACAGCUUCACGGAUACAGGGUACAUCACUUGGUUCUUCAAGGAGCAUGGAUUUGGAAAUGAAGCAAUUGCAGUGUAAACUAAAGAAUGCAACUAAUGAACUCACUAAACAGUCAUCUAAUGUGAAGUCUCUGAAAUUUGAACUCCUAACAAAAGAAGAGCACAUAAAGGAAAUGCAGGAAAAAAUGUCUCGAAUGGAGAGGGAUAUAACCAUGAAAAGACAUUUGAUAGAAGACUUGAAAUUUCGACAAAAAGUAAAUUUGGAAAGUAAUGAGAGUAUUAAUGAAAUGUUAGAAAGUCUUGAAAAAAAGGUGAAGACAUUAACUGAAGAAUGUUCUAACAAAAAGGUUUCAAUUGAUUCAUUAAAGCAAAGACUUGCUGUUGCUAUAAAAGAAAAGUCACAGUAUGAACAGAUGUAUCAAAAAACUAAAGAGGAGUUAGAAAAAAAGGAUCUCAAACUUAAUCUCUUAAUAUCAAAAGUAAGUGAGACUGAAUCAGCAUUGGCAGAAAUUGAAACAGCAGCAUCUAAGCAUCUUCAAGGAUUAGCAUUGCAGAGUGAGCAGGCCCUAGAAGGUGCACAAAAGAAACUACUUUUAGCCAAUGAGAAAGUGGAAGAGUUCACCAUGUUUGUGAAGCAAAUGAACCACCAGCCUCAGAGCAGAAUAUCCGUGGGUCCGUCCCUGGUUGCCAGUGAGGAACUGGUGAAAUUUCCUGCUUUGGUCAAAGAAUUACAAAAUGAUGUCCAUCAGGUAAGGCGACAUAUCAGAGAGCUUAAAAAAAUGCAGAAAAACCAGGAUGCUUGUAAAACUUCAACCCAUAAAGCACAGACCUUGGCAGCUUCUAUCCUUAACAUUUCACGAUCAGAUUUAGAGGAAAUACUGGACACAGAAGAUGAAAUGGAGAUGGAAAGGACAAGGAUAGAUGCUGAACAUGACAAGGAAUGGCUGUUAUACAUUCAGAAACUGCUUGAAGGACAGCUUCCUUUUGCUUCAUAUUUACUAGAAGCAGUACUGGAAAAAAUAAAUGAAAAAAAGAAGCUAGAUGAAAAAUAUUUCACAAUUAUGAAAGAUAAUAGAUGAUAUUAUAAUGGAGAAAUUUUUUCAAAUGUGAAAACUUUUUAUAUGGUGUGAUUGGAAAACAUGCAUUGCAAUCCUGAUACAGUAUCUGUUCCAACUAUCAAUAGUCAGGUUCAAUACCAAAAUAAGAAUUCUCUGAAACUAAUUAAUUGCUGAACAAGUGAAACAAAUUAAGUGCCUAGCCAUUUAAAAGGAAAUAGUGUAGCAUUUGAUUGUUGAAUACAAAUAUUGCCACAAAUCAAUGCAAACUUAAGCAUGAUUUUCCUUCCAGUGCAUUAGAAGAAAUUCGAACAAGCUUGACACACACAAUUUAGCUCUAAAUGUAAAAAUAAAAAAGUAUAAACUGAGGAUUUAAUGUUUUAAAUUUUGUUUUAAAUUUUAAAUUUUGUAUAUAGACUUUUAUAUAAAACUGCUAUACAUGGGCUUAAGUCAUUCAAGGAGCAACAUAUUUGUUUUGUAAGCAGAUAUAAAAUGAACCACCAAAACUUAAGGAUAAACAUUUAAUUCAAGUGUGUUGUCCAAUGGUAUCUGUUAUUGUCACAAUACUGGAUGAUAUAGGAGAUCUACUGUGUUUUCCUAAAACUAUUUGACAAAAAAUGAGAACAUUUUCUUCUCCUCUCUUUCUCUUUUUUUAAGUUAAAAAUAUUAUGUGUGGUCAUAUAAAUUAGCAAGGACCACAAACCCAGUGUAUGAAAUUACACUAGACCUAGCAGAACUCCUACUAAUUAAUUUAAGCUAAUUAAUUAAACUAAUUAAAGUUACAUUUUUAAACAGUGUUAUCCUUAUUUCCAUUCCCCAACAUUCCCGCCUCAUUUCACCUCUUUACUAUGUUUCAACCACACCUGACUGUCUUGGUUCCCCUUACUCAUCAAACUUCUGCCUGUACCCAGCCUUUACCCUUGUUGUUCUCUCUUUCUAGAAUACUCUGUAUCAACUUUUCUCUCCACUGACUUCAUUCAUUCUGGUUCACCUUGCACAGUCCCUGAGAGGCACAUUCCUUUGUCCUUAAAUCUAUUAAAUUUUCUUUGAAAUACAAAAAUAUCUAGAUUAUCUGUUUACUUAUUUACUUCCAUGUCUCCACCUCCUCCCACCAGAAUUUGGUCUGCCACCUAUUUUGUGUAGCCCAAAAGCUAAGAAUAGUUUUCACAUUAGUGAAUGGUUAAAAAAAAAAAUCAAAAGUAAUGUUUUGUAGCACAUAAUAUUUAUAUGAAAUUCAGAUUUUGGUCCAUCAAUAAAGUUCAUUUAUGUAUUGUUUGUGACUGCUGUCAUCUGACAGCGGGGGCAAGUAUUGGUGCAGCAUUUUGGGUGCCGCAAAUACUGUUAUAUCAUGAUUAUUUUUAAUAUGUAUGCAUGCUCUUCUUUUUUUUUUUAAAAAAAGAUUUAUUUAUUUAUACAUACAUACAUACAUACAUACAUACAUACAUACAUACAAGCACUGGGUACAGUCAGAAGCGCGGGAGGGUGAGAGAAUUCACCAGAGCCAGAGCCGGGAGCAGAACAGGUAGAGUGACGAAAUACACUGCUGAGGGGAGCAGCUGGUGGCAGGAGAGGUCUGUCGCACCAUGUGGGACCCUCGCCGGCAACCGGGGAUCGAACCGCACUGCAGAGGCUGUGGGCAGCUUCCCAGCCCAGCACUCAACUGCUGCACCACCAGGGGAGGCCCUGUAUGCAUGCUCUUCUUGUCAAAAGAAAAUAAGAAAGGAAAAAUGGCUGUCAGUUAUCACAUGUUUAAGGUAUAGUGGAGUGUGGAUUAUUUUACUUUGAAAUAGACAACAAAGCAUUAUGUUUAUGUACAGUAACGCUAUACCUGUGCCAAAAGAAUGUGAUAUUUAUCAACAGUAACAGAUUAAGUACUCAUCACAAUAUUCUCAACUCACAGGAAAGCAAUAGUACAUAGUCUGAAAUGUAGUAUCACAACGAUUUAGUUACAAAGAUAAAAAUGAGACUUCACUGUAUUGCCAAAACUAUUAAAUAAAGACAGUACAAAGAAAGAAAGCAUGGUAAGUGGAAAACAUCACCUUUUUUUAAGAUGUUCUUAAUCCUUGCAACCUGUGAAUUUGUUACCUGGUGAAAGGACUUUCCAAUGUAAUUAAAUUAAGAAAUUUGAGGGAUUAUCCUGGGUUAUCUUUAGGUCUAAUGUCUCCUAAGCAGAAAGCAAGAGGAGUUAUAGAGCAGUCUUGCCACUGAAGCAGCAGGACAAAGAAAUUUGAAGGUACUAUUCCACUAACUUUAAGAAUAGAGGAAUGGGGUCGUGAACCAAAGAAUGUUGGCAGCCCCUGGGGAUGGAAAAGGAAAGAAAUGAAUUCUCCCUUACAGCUUUCAGAAAGAAUCGGCAUUAUUGAAACACCUGACUUCAGCCUGGUGAAAAUGACUUUGAACAUCCAAAAAUCUAAGAGAAUAUAUUUCUGUUAUUUUAAGUCACUGAGUUUGUGGUAAUUUGUGAGUGCAGAGACCAAUAAAUGCAAUUUGCUAAAACUAUGUUCAGGAUUUUGAUAUCUAUAUUUCUAAGGGAUAUUGACUGUAAGAUACAAGAUCAAGGCUGAUGCAGAAUUCAAAAGUUAACCAAUGUAAGCUACCAUUUUAACAGGUUAAUGAAGAAAUAGGGUAUGAUUAUAAAAUUGGAGCAAAAGAAUUUGAAAAAUUCAACACUAAUGCAUGAGGGAAAAAAACACAAAACUAGGAACUUCCUCGUUUUGAUAUGAACAUCUACAAAACAUCUGCUACUAACAUUAUACUUAAUAAUGGAAGACUGAACAUGUCUUACUAAAAUGAGGAACAGAAUAGAACAAAAGACCAAACAGAGCAAAACACUGACCCCACCACCCCUCCCCCGAAGCAAGAGAGACUUGUGCCACCAUACAACCUUUGGACUUGGACUGCAACAUUGGCUGUUUCCGGUUCUCCAACCCGCGUCCACCUUGGAAAUUUCGACUUGCCAACCUCCAUAAUUAUGUGAGCCAAUCACUUAAUACAAAUCCCUCUCACCACACAUCCUAUUGAUUCUGCUUCUUUGGAGAAUCCUGGCUAAUAUACCAGGUUUGGGCGAUAUCAUAUACAGUCACUAUGGACCUUCACAAAUAGAUUUUUGUAUGAACAAGUUUUCAUAUCUCUAGAAUAUCCACAAGUUCAAUUGCUACAUCACAUAGUAAGUAUGUGUUUCACUUGGUAGAGGUUGCAAAAAUGUAGUUACUACACCAUUUCACAGCCUCACCAAAAAUAUCUGAGAGAGCAAAUUGGUUAGCCUCCUUUGCAAGACUUGGGUAUUAUUGGUAUUCUUAUUUUAACCACUCUAAUAGGAAUGUAGUGAUAAUACUUUUUUUUCUUUUUCAGUUCUAUUCUCUCCUUAAUCAUAUUUAAGUUAUUGCUUUUAGUUCUUCUACCUCCAAAGCCUGCAUUUGUGGUCUUUUCAGGGAGCAUGGGCUGAUAGGAGCAGGGUGAUUGGGGUUGGUGGGGGACGCAGUAUUCUAGACCAAUUACUUGACCAAAGAACUUCCAGUAAUCAUGAACUUUACAAGGAAUUUAUAAAAAGCAGUUCUGUUCAUUAUUACUGUAUGGCAAAUUGCAGGGUGGCAGUUAUUAUGGAUCAGGAAUCUGAGCACAUCUUAAUCACAUCUUCACACUCUUGGAGGGCUGCAGUCAAUCAAGGCUUGAUUCAGAAGGACGCAUUUCCUAGCUCACUCAUGUAGUUGACAGGAUUUUCAGGCUAUGUUAAUGAGGUCUUAGUGCCUACUAGUUACCAAUUAGAGACUGCCCUCAGUUCUUUGCGACAUAGAUAUUUUCAAUAUGGCAACACACUUCAUCAUACGCACACAUACACAUGCACCUAUGCCCGCGUGGAGAUAACAUGAAUGUAAAUGACACAAUGUGACAGUCAUUAGGAGACAUUUCAGGUGCUGUCUACCACACCAGGUAUCUAGGAUUAACAAGAUGAAGUGGAGGCUACUAGAGAAUUUGCCUUUGAAACCAUCUUUUCAAGGUAAGCAUAUAUUUUAUUUAGAAUGAUGAUUUACCGUGUUAGUUUGGGGGAAGGAAAGCAAAUAUAACUUAUGGGUUAUAAAUUUGCAAAUGCCUCUUUGGAGCAUAAACAAAAGGAACACCACCAAGAGUGGAGUCUUUCAUUAAAAGAGGCUCAACAAGUGAAUAUAAGGAGGCGGUUAACUCUCAUCUUUAGAGAACUAUAAAUAUUAUUUACUAGUAGAAAUACAAAUAUGCUAAGUAAAAUAGAAAUUCUAGUUAUUCAAAUAUUCAUAUGCAAUAAUUCAUAACUGUCUGUAGGGUAAAGAAAAUAUCAGGCUUUUCUGCCCUUCCGCCAUCAGGAUAGAUGAUGGAUCCUUGUCCUGAAUGCAUGCCUGAUGGCGGGCACCUGGAAUAGGGUGUGGGCAUAGGUAGAUGGGAUUCAGCUGAGCUAAGACUGUACUUUUAAGGGUGGCGUCACGGGGGGACGCCAGCAGCCCCAGCCAGCAGCAGCAGAACCUGAAGGAGAAGCCGAAGCAGAAGCAGAGAACGCCCAGAUAGAGUGAAGACUUGCUGGGGGCUGGGAGGCCUACCAGCCUCCCAGCCCCCCAGCCAGCACCCCUGCCUGCCAUAUGCCUGGUGAACCCCAAAUAAAAAACCUGCAAAACUACUGAGGACUCUGACUCCUCCUUUACCCGGUCUGCAUGGGAUCAGAAAACCUGCACUGUGCUCCAGGUCCUGCCCCUACAAUUGGCGUAAGUCGGCAAGAUCCAUGCAGACGGGUAUGGAGCCCUCCGAAGACCUGGAAGGGACUAAGGAGUAAGUGUUUGCCUGUGACGACGCUGGAGGCGCCAGGGCGGCACAGAAGAUGGAUACGGUCUGGGAGCUGCAGGACGGGACCUGGCAUGAAGGAGACGCCCAAGAGGACCAGCCAACGACACCGGAAAGGACAGGCCAAUGACCCCUGAGGCAGCAGGCCGUUGCUGAUGCAGGGAGAGGCCAAUGGACUUCAACUGAUGGACAUGGACUGAUAAACUUGGACUGACAAUCCCGCCAGCAGGCGGAGGACCUUGGCAGGUUAUUUUUUUUUUUUUUGAGAAUCUGGGGGUGGCCAGUGGGCCUAGAUGGCCAAAAGCAGCCUGUGCAUGCCCAGCAGCCAGGUGGAGGAGAAAAGCCAACUAAGAAAGCAAAAGCUGGUACUGAUGAUAAGUUGAGAAGCCCUGAGUGGCUGUUAAGCAGCCUGGGUAUGCUGAAGAACUGUGAGUCUCGUAAAAUCACCUGUGGGUGAUGCCCUGCUCAUUCUUGAGUGAGGGUGAGGAGCUGAGGAACCUGUCCUUGGGGGACGGGUGGGGAACGUGGCUUGGGGUGGAGGCCAAGCCGAAGAGGGGACCCAAAAGAGGCCGAAUGUAGAGUUUGGAUCCCCGACCCAUGUGCUUGUGCAGUGGGUUGGCCUGAGUGCAGGGGUCUGCGAGUCGCAUGGGUGGCCGUGAAGGCCGAGUGUUGGAGCGACUGCAGACAGAAACCCUGAGGGUUGGUGAUUACCCCCAACAGAAUAAAAUUGCCAAUCCCAGAGCUAGUGCAUCCUGGGGGUGGAUGCGGUGUGUGCCUUGUAGCCGAGACUACAGCCAGAGAAGGCGAGGAAGCCUGACUGCUCCUGGUGUGAUAUAGUAGAUGCCGUGAGUGAUUCCCCUCCCUCAUAUGAGCAGUGCCUUCGGCAGCAGAUUUGGUGGCUCAUCUGCUGGUACCAAUAAUUGUCUUUUGCUCUAGGUUGGUGCCCUGCCUGGACUUAUUUGUGUUCUGUUGUAUUUUGUU